AGAAGAAAGUCCACGGUGUUUUCCUGGGUGGAUGGCCCACUCUGGAUCCAGCCUGUCAAAGCUGCACUGAAAGGAGAACGACGUGGGAAUAAACAGGUGCUGUUCAGAUUUGAAGCAGUGACUGAGACUGCAACAGGCCCAAAAGAGAAGUCCACUGCUCCCCCCACCCCCCAACCUCCCACUCCUGACCCUCUCUGAAACAAAGUCCUCACUAUGAAUGAAGUUAAUAUUGUCAGAGAGGGCUGGCUCCACAAAAGAGGUGAAUAUAUUAAAACAUGGAGGCCCAGGUAUUUCAUCCUGAAGAGUGACGGUUCCUUCAUUGGCUACAAGGAGAAGCCUGACCUAAAUGACCAGAUUUCACCUCCACUCAAUAACUUCUCAGUGGCAGAAUGCCAGUUAAUGAAGACAGAAAGACCCCGGCCCAACACAUUUGUCAUUCGUUGCCUACAGUGGACCACUGUUAUUGAACGCACCUUUCAUGUGGAUAGCAAUGAGGAGAGAGAGGAGUGGAUGCGUGCUAUCCAGUCUGUGGCAAACAGUUUAAAAAUGCGAGAACAGGAGGAGGAGGAACCAAUGGAUCUGUUUGGCUCACCCAGUGAGAGCAGCCUGGAGGAGAUGGAGGUGGCUAUGUCCAAGUGCCGCAGCAAAGUGACAAUGAGUGAUUUUGAGUACCUGAAGCUGCUUGGCAAAGGGACGUUUGGGAAGGUGAUUCUGGUCAAAGAGAAGUCCACUGGAGUUCACUAUGCCAUGAAAAUACUGCGCAAAGAGGUCAUAAUAGCCAAGGAUGAGGUGGCCCACACAGUAACAGAGAGCAGAGUGUUACAAAACACACGACAUCCCUUCCUCACGACACUGAAAUAUGCGUUUCAAACCCACGAUCGGCUCUGUUUUGUAAUGGAGUAUGCAAACGGAGGCGAGCUCUUCUUUCACUUGUCACGAGAACGGGUAUUCACAGAAGACCGGGCACGCUUCUAUGGUGCUGAGAUUGUGUCAGCGCUUGAGUACCUGCAUUCACGUGAUGUAGUGUACCGUGAUCUAAAGCUGGAGAAUCUAAUGCUGGACAAAGAUGGCCACAUCAAAAUCACUGAUUUUGGCCUUUGUAAGGAGGGUAUUACUCCAGAUGCCACAAUGAAAACCUUCUGUGGAACUCCUGAAUAUCUUGCACCUGAGGUCCUAGAGGAUAAUGACUACGGCCGCGCAGUUGACUGGUGGGGUCUGGGUGUAGUAAUGUAUGAGAUGAUGUGUGGACGUCUGCCUUUCUACAACCAGGACCAUGAGCGUCUGUUUGAGCUCAUCCUCAUGGAGGAGAUCCGCUUCCCCAGGAACCUGUCGCCUGAGGCCAAGUCCCUGCUGGCUGGACUGCUCAAGAAGGACCCUAAACAGAGGUUAGGUGGAGGUCCUAAUGAUGCCAAAGAAGUAAUGACUCACAAAUUUUUCAUCACCAUCAACUGGCAAGAUGUGGUACAGAAGAAGCUUACCCCACUCUUCAGACCACAAGUGACAUCAGAGACAGACACCCGGUACUUUGAUGAAGAAUUCACGGCACAGACCAUCACGCUCACUCCUCCAGACAAAUAUAACAGUCUGGACUGUGAGGAUCCUGCCCAACAAGCACACUUCCCCCAGUUCUCCUAUUCUGCUAGCAUAAGAGAGUGAUAGCAUCUCUGACACAUACAUGCAAACACACACACCCAAACAUACAAUCUCAGAAGAGGCAUGAACACCUUGGCCAUAUCACUUACAGCUAUAAAAUGACCAGAACCUCCAUCUUUUGGUCUCAGCAAGAUCUAUAUGUAAUUGCCUCAGCCAUAUUGCUCUGUAGAACCUUCUCUAUCCACAUGACAAAGCCUGGCCACACUGGCAGCACUGUAUUUAACUGGACUUCAGUACCUCAAAUAGUCAUCAGCACAAAUCAACAACACAAUCAAGACUCAUUCUGUAGCACCUUCAGAUGGCCUGUAAACAACUGCUGCUUCCUUUUCAGACUGACAUGUAUUUUUUUAAACACUCUGAUCUGUGGUGUGAUAAGAAGUCAUACAGCUCUUCGUGAUGUUUCAAAGUGCUCUUCUUUACAACUAGCUCUUAUCACUGGUGAUAAGUCAGGUGCAUAUAUAAGGGAGGAAAAGGUGUAGCUGUUUGUUUGGUCUAUCAGUUUGUGUCUGUCUGUCUGUCUGUCUGUCUGUCCGUUUUGUUUUUGAGAAAAUGGGGGCAUCAGAUUCAAAUUGUGUAUGUUUGUUAUAGGACACUUGGCCAGUGUGCAUAAGAAACAACAUAUGAAUGGAGAACACACAAGGAUCAAAGUGUCUUUAUAGAGAACAGUUGACAGAGUGAAACAUGGAGAUGCACAUUUUUAAAUCGUAUGCAAUGGAUACAAAUCACUCGCACAUGAGUUUGCUCUCACCGCAGACUGUGAUCUUUAGUAACAGAUCUGUAAAGUGUGGCACAACAAUUAUUGGGAAUUGGGAAUACCUUAAUGCACAAGGUGUAUAUGUUAUUUAAAAGUUUUUUCUUAUUUUGAUUCUGACACAUAUUUGAUCUUUCUUGAUCGGAUAAAUACACAGCAGCCAUGUGAUUUUAUAGGCUCAUUAAGCACUUACUGUUUUAAAGCAGAACUUCUUUCUUCAGGUGGCUCAUGUUCGUAAUAGCUGACAGCUUGGAUUGUGUGCAUGCCUAUAUCACAUAUCAUAAAUGUCAAGAACUGUCAGAUACUCAAGAGCUGGCAUCAAAUUGUCCCAUUGACUUUAGAUUAUUUAAUUUCAUCAACCUUCUUUUUGGUUGAUAUCUUAUCACUGUAUCAAAGCGUAUCAUUUUGCCCUAAGGCCAAACAGAUUUUAUAGCAACAUGUUCAUAUUUGGAACAUCAUUUUCUCUUGCCUUCCAAAGCUUGUUCUCUAACAUCCUCAGUUCAAUGUCUUCAUUAGAUCUAUUUUAUAGCCUUUCUAUGAAACGUAAAUCACCAUAUUUCAUAUCCAUUAAUUGUGGCAUGUUAAUGUCCUUGUUCCAGUGCAUCCAAACCGCUGCUGCUGUUCAGACAUGAAUGUGCCACUAGAUUUGAUUGGACUCGUCAUAGCUUGAGGUGAUAUCAGAGAGCUGUGUAUUUCAUGAACAUGGUCCAUGGUGAGAUUUAGUUUUUUAGUGCAAUGCGGACUUGCUGGAGCGUCUUUUGUUGUUUUCGGUUCUUCCCAUGUAUUAUUCACAAUAUGAAAUGGUUAUCAGGAGGCGUGCAGAGAUUUGAAUAAUGUAUAAUGUGUUAUACUGUACAUGAAAAUGAAUCCAACAUUGUGUUGGUGUCACUCAUGAUAAAGGGCUGGGGCAGGAAACCUGCUCAACUCUCCAUUACUCACAGAGCCUUCUACCACCACGUGCUGUUCUGACAUCAUAUCCGUUAUUUUAGUUUUGUCUCUUUUAUCUUCUAGUUUUACUUGUCCACUUUCUGUUCUCCCUCAUCCUUUUUCCCUGAGACUACAUCACAGAUCUCAUACUAAAGGGAUGGUUCAAAGAAAAAAAGGAAAGUUCACUCAUUAUCUACUCACCAUUAUGCAGAUGGAGAACCAAAUCACUUUUGGAGUCUCUGGGAUAAACAGUGUUGCAGCCAAAUUCAAUACAAUUUAAGUCCGCCACCAACAGUAUGUAGUGAUGCCAACAUGUACCCCAUGCCUGUCCUUGGGCAAGAGCUUGUGUGAAAUGUGUGCGGUGUUUCCGGUGGAUAUCAGAGGACGUUUAGGCUAACGAUUUGGUGUAAACUAUGCAGUUUCAAGUGAAAUUUUAAUGUCAAGGCCCCCGGACACUUUGAUGACACCACAGGAGCAGUAUGGAGGCUGCUUCAAUUGUAUGGUAUGGGCUGCAAUGCUGUUAACCACUGAAACUUCAAAGGUGUUUUGUGAACUCAAACACUUCACCCACUCCUCCACCAGUGGUGAGUAAAUAGGUAAAUUUUCCUUUUUCGGUGAACUAUCCCCUUAAGGAAGUUGAUAAUGGUUGUCAGAAAUGUAUGUUUUUCAGUGCCGUUAUUCUAUCAAACAGUUUAUUACUAUUUGUUUAUCAAUGUAAUUCUGAAAGACAAUGAUUCGAAACACCUUUUUAACUGUCUUAAUACACCCUUGUGUUUGUGUUUUGA